CUGAUAAACCAAGAUGGAAGCUCGAGUUACAGGUUGAACGAUCGGAGCAUGCAGCCGCAGGAGAGGAUGACAUGGCAAUGCAAAGUGGGCAACUCAUUAAAUGAAGCCAUGCCAAGUCGAGUUAGCUUUAUUUGGGGAACAAACUUUGGCUGAAAUGAUUGGUCAAUUAAUUGAUUAGUCAGGCAACAGACAUUGAAUGGGCAGAUAAAUUGUCUGAGCCACUUUUCAAGCUAAAAUGUCAAACCAGCUUCUUAAUUGUCAGCCAAGGUAAUGUCCCAGGUGUGGAAAGUGCCUCUCUGGCCAUGGACACAGAGGAGGGUGUGGAGGUGGUGUGGAAUGAGGUGCUCUUCUCUGACAAGAAGGUCUUCAAAGCACAGGAGGAGAAGAUCAAGGAGAUGUUUGAGAACCUGAUGCAGGUCGAACACCCAAACAUUGUCAAGUUCCACAAGUACUGGCUAGACAUGAAGGAGAGCCAGGCUCGGGUCAUAUUCAUCACAGAAUACAUGUCGUCGGGCAGCCUCAAGCAAUUCCUGAAGAAAACUAAGAAGAACCACAAGACUAUGAAUGUGAAAGCCUGGAAGAGAUGGUGCACCCAGAUUCUCUCUGCUCUCAGUUAUCUGCACUCUUGUGACCCACCAAUAAUCCAUGGCAACCUGACAUGCGACACCAUCUUCAUACAGCACAACGGCCUCAUCAAGAUUGGCUCAGUGUGGCAUCGGCUAUUUGUUAAUGUGUUCCCAGAUGCCAGUGUCCAUAGUAAAGCGAGGCAACAUCGCGAUGAGCAGAGGAAUCUUCAUUUUUUUGCUCCAGAAUAUGGGGCUGGCGAAGACGAUUAUGCCAUAGACAUUUUCUCCUUUGGCAUCUGUGCUCUAGAGAUGGCAGUACUGGAGAUCCAGGCCAAUGGAGAUACAGCUGUGUCCAAGGAGGCCAUCGUCAAUGCAGGUCAAUCUCUGGAAGACCCUCUCAUGAGAGAGUUCACGCAGUCUUGUUUGCGUCAUGAAGCCAAGCUCCGUCCUACAGCUCACGACCUUCUGUUCCACCGAGUCCUGUUCGAGGUCCACUCCCUCAAACUGCUCGCCGCCCACUGCCUCAUCAACAACCAGUACUUGCUUCCGGAGAACUGUGUGGAGGAGAAAACCAAGUCCUUCGACCCCAGUGCUGUCAUGGCAGAGAUUAAACAUGCGAACAGACAGGGAGUUCAGCUCAAAUAUUCCCAUGUGUCUCCUUUGGAACUUGACAAGUUUCUGGAGGAUGUCAAGAACGGGAUUUACCCGUUAAUGAACUUUGCUUCAUCUCGGCCUCAUCCCGUCCCUCGUGCCCUCUCCUUGUCUCAAGAGCAGGUUGAGACGGUCAAGACGCCAACUCCUGAACCCCAGGAAACAGAGACAAGGAAGGUUGUUCAGAUGCACUGUAAUUUGGAGUCAAAUGAAGAAGGGACCAAAACUCAUCUCUCUUUGUUUCUGAAGAUGGAUGACAAACUUCAUAGGCAGCUUAGCUGUGACAUCCUUCCAACUGACACCUCCAAAGACCUUGCCAGUGAACUUGUUCACUACGCCUUCAUAAAUGAGGAGGACAGUGAGAAGGUGGCGGGGUUCCUGGAAGACGCCAUCAGCCGACACCGGGUCCGAGCGCUCGCCUCUGGGAGCACACAAUGAGAAGGGGUCAAUAUAGCGGCUGGCCCAAACAGAGGGGCCCGGGGCGUUGACCACACAGAUCGAGAGAGGGAGAGGGCAGCGGGCAGGAUCAAACCGCCGGGAACAGAGGGGAGCGGAGGGAGAUGACCCAGCUGGGGGAUAAAACGGGGACAAAUACAGAAGGACGCUGGGACUUGACAGUCAGUAAAUCAUCCCAGACAGACGGAGGAAACGGUAGCGCUGAGACAGGAACCGAAGGCACCUCUGGUUGGAGGACCAGAGGCAUCAUGGCUGAGUUCAGUUAUCCAACAAAGCAGUGGAAGAUUGACAAACUCCCUGCCUGAAAGGGCUAUCAUGCCUUAAGAUAUCCUGACAACUUAGGUUUUCCAUAAUGCCACUAAUCAGAACAGAUAUGUUUUACUUACAAAUGCAGCAGCUGUUUUCAGAAGGACGUUUUAUUGCUCAUAAGCCUUGUACUCCAAUGUCCACUUUGAUUGGUGAAGAUUUACUUUGAAAUGUUAACAAAGUAAUUUUACUUAAGCCUCUCUCCCUUCCAAGCCAGAACCUUCACUUUAUUACAGUUUUAAGAGUUUAAUAUUCCAUCCAAAAUGCACUGUUAAUACUCAUUCAGCUGACUUAUUUAUUCUGUUUAACUGUGAACAAUAGAAGCGUUGCACAAGCCUGUUUUUUUUUUUUUUUUUUUU